AUGCCUAAUUUUGGUAAAUUAUCAAAAAAUAGAAAUAAUAAGAAUAAUAAUAAUAGUGAUAGUAAUAAUAAUAAUAAUCAGUUAAGUCCAUUUCAAGAUCCAAAUGAAAGUUUUGAAACAGAUCAUUCAUCAAUUUUACAAUCACCAAAUGAAGAACAUUUUAAUAUAAAUCCUUAUACUCCAAAUAUAGAUAAUACAUUUAGUGAUGAUUCUAUUCCUCCAACACCUCAAUUAAAUACUGAUAAAUUUGAAGGUGGUAGAUCUUCUUCAUUAAGAUUUCAAUUACCAUCAGAUAAUAAUAAUAAUAACCAUGUUAAUAAUGGUCAUAAUUCAUAUAUACCAAAUACUCCACCAACUUCAUCACUGUCAAAUAAUUCUACAUCAAAACAACCUAAAUCGCCAUUUCUUGAUCAAUAUGAUACUAUACUAGAAGAUGAAUUAUAUGAAAAACCAACAAAAAUUACUGAAGAUCAUGAAAAUACUAAAGAUCUAGAAAGAGAUCUAGAAGAAGAAGAAGAAGAUCAAGAAUUAGAGACUCAUGAUGGACCAACAAAAAGACAUAGAUGGGGAACAACAAGAAAUAAACAAGGAAGACCUAAAAAGGAAAAUGUAAGUCGAUCUAAAACGCUAAAAAAGAUACUACAUCCAAUUCAUCAUGAUAAAGAUCAUCAUCAUCAUCAUAAACUGUUAAGAGGUAGAAUAUUAUCAAUAAGAAAACCAAAUACCCAUUCAGUUGAUUUUCCAGAUCCAUCGCAUAGAAAUGAUUCUGAUUCAGAUAUAAUAGAUCCAGAUUCUCAAGAUCUUAGAAAUAGGAAACAAGAAAAAAGAACAGUUGUAUUUAACAGAGAAUUACCAGAAGAAUUUUUAGAUCCAGAAUCUGGCAAACCAAUAACGGAUUAUCCAAGAAAUAAAAUAAGAACUACAAAAUAUACUCCAUUAACAUUUUUACCAAAAAAUAUUUUUAAUCAAUUUUUUCAUAAUAUAGCGAAUAUAUACUUUUUAGUGUUGAUUAUAUUGGGAGCAUUUGAUAUUUUUGGUGUACCUUCACCUGUUUUGGCAGCUGUUCCAUUAAUUGUAAUUGUAAUAAUAACGGCUAUUAAAGAUGCAAUAGAAGAUUCAAGAAGAACAGUAACUGAUUUAGAGGUUAAUAAUCAAUAUACUCAUAUUUUGGAACAAGUUAAUGAAAGUUCAACAUAUAAUUAUGAAAAUCAAAAUGUUAAUGACGAAAAAAUAUCAUGGUGGAGAAAAUUUAAGAAAUGGAACACCAAGCAAAUGAUGAGAUUUUGGGGAGCAUCUAAAAGAAAUUUAACAAAAGAGGGAAGAGCCAAUAAGAUAAGGCAAAAGUAUAAUGAAGAAAAUAAUAUAAAUGAAGAGCAAGGUAGAAGAUCAUUUGAUAGUGAUAUAAUAACACCAACCACCACAGCUCAAGAUACUAAUCCAUUUGGUGAUACAUUACGUAAAUCAUUCCAACAACAACGUAGAGAAAGUCAUCAACAUCAUUAUACUCCAAAAACUUUAAAAUUUGUUAGAAAAUAUUGGAAAGAUGUUAAAGUAGGAGAUAUUUUGAGGAUUUACAAUAACGAUGAAAUUCCAGCUGAUUUAGUAAUAUUAUCAACAAGUGAUGAUGAUAAUUGUUGUUUUGUGGAAACAAAAAAUCUUGAUGGUGAAACAAAUUUAAAAGUUAAACAAGCAUUAAAAUAUUCUUCAGUAAAUGAUAAAGUUACAAAAGCUGAUGAUUUAAUGGAUCAUUCAUUUCAAGUUGAUUCGGAAGGACCACAUGCAAAUUUGUAUUCCUACGAGGGUAAUUUAAGAUAUAGUGCAAGAGAUGGACAAGAAUUACAAGAAGCAAUAACAAUUAAUAAUCUUUUGUUGCGUGGUUGUUUUUUAAGAAAUACUAAAUGGGUAAUUGGUAUAGUUGUAUUUACUGGUGAUGAUACUAAAAUUAUGUUAAAUGCUGGUGUUACACCAACAAAACAAUCAAGAAUGUCAAGAGAAUUAAAUUAUUACGUCUUACUAAAUUUUUUAUUAUUGUUUAUAAUUUGUUUUAUUUCAGCAGUGGUAAAUGGGGUUUAUUAUACAAAACAUGGAACUUCAAGAGAUUAUUUUGAAUUUGGUACAAUUGCAGGUACACCAGCACUAAAUGGAUUAGUUGGGUUCUUUGUUGCAUUAAUUUUAUAUCAAUCAUUAGUUCCAAUUUCAUUAUAUAUUACAAUUGAAAUUAUUAAAACUGCACAAGCAUUUUUCAUUUAUUCAGAUGUGGGGAUGUAUUAUCCAAAUUUAGAUUUCCCAUGUACUCCAAAAUCUUGGUCUAUAAGUGAUGACUUAGGACAAAUUGAAUAUGUAUUUAGUGAUAAAACAGGUACAUUAACUCAGAAUGUUAUGGAAUUUAAAAAAUGUACAGUUAAUGGAGUUUCAUAUGGACGUGCCUAUACUGAAGCAUUGGCAGGUUUACGUAAACGUAUGGGAAUAGAUGUUGAAACUGAAGCUAUACAUGAAAAAGAAUUAAUACGUCAAGAUAAACAAGAAAUGAUUGAAAAAUUACAUGAUAUAUCAAAAAACUCCACUUAUGAUGAUGAAUUAACAUUUGUAUCACUGGAAUUUAUUGAUGAUUUGAUGGGAUCAAAAGGUGAACAACAAGAAGAAGCAAAUCAUCAUUUUAUGUUAGCAUUAGCCUUAUGUCAUUCUGUUUUAACGGAACAAAGUGAUAAAAAUCCUCAUAAAUUAAUUUUAAAAGCUCAAUCACCAGAUGAAGCUGCAUUGGUGGGUACUGCAAGAUCUUUAGGUUUUAAUUUUAAAGGUACUACCAAAAAAGGGUUUUUAGUUGAUGAAUUAGGAACUACAAAAGAAUAUCAGGUUUUGAACACUCUUGAAUUUAAUUCAACUAGAAAAAGAAUGAGUUGUAUUAUUAAAAUACCUGGUGAAAACCUAAACGAUGAACCAAGAGCUUUGCUUAUUUGUAAAGGUGCAGAUUCAAUAAUAUAUGAAAGACUCUCAAAAGAAUAUAAUGAUCCAGCAAUGUUAGAAUCUACUGCAAAACAUUUAGAAGAAUAUGCAACAGAAGGGUUAAGAACAUUAUGUAUAGCUGAAAGAGAAUUAUCAUGGAACCAAUAUAUCGAAUGGAAUAAACGGCAUCAAAUUGCUGCUUCUGCAUUGGAAGAUAGAGAAAAUAAAAUGGAAGCAGUUGCUGAUUCUAUUGAAAGAGAAUUAAUAUUGUUGGGUGGUACUGCAAUUGAAGAUAGAUUACAAGAUGGUGUACCCGAUGCUAUUCAGUUGUUAGUUGAUGCUGGUAUAAAAUUAUGGGUUUUAACUGGUGAUAAAGUUGAAACUGCUAUAAAUAUUGGGUUUUCAUGUAAUUUGUUAGGUAAUGAUAUGAAUUUAUUAGUUAUUAAAACUGCUUAUUCAGAUGAAGAAACUGAAAAUUUAGGGUUAAAUUUUGGAUUCGGUAAUGCUGAAGCUCAAAUAAUUGAUACUAUUAUUUCAUACUAUCUUGAAAAACAUUUCAAAGCAAGUGGAUCAUUUGAAGAACAAGAAGCAGCUAUUGAUGAUCAUACACCACCUGAUGAAAGAUAUGGUGUUGUUAUUGAUGGUGAUGCAUUAAAAAUUGCAUUAUUAAAUCCAGACACCAAAAGAAAGUUUCUUUUGUUGUGUAAAAAAUGUCGAGCUGUUUUAUGUUGUCGUGUAUCACCAGCUCAAAAGGCAGCUGUUGUUAAGUUAGUUAAAGACACACUUGAUGUUAUGACUUUAGCAAUUGGUGAUGGAUCAAAUGAUGUAGCCAUGAUUCAAGCAGCUGAUGUUGGAGUUGGUAUAGCAGGUGAAGAAGGUAGACAAGCAGUUAUGUCAUCUGAUUAUGCAUUAGGACAAUUUCGAUUUUUAGCAAGAUUAUUAUUAACUCAUGGACGUUGGUCUUAUAAAAGAUUUAGUGAAAUGAUUCCAAGUUUUUUCUACAAAAAUAUAAUUUUUAAUAUUGCAUUAUUUUGGUAUGGUAUAUAUUGUGAUUUUGAUGGUACUUAUCUUUUUGAAUUUACUUAUCUUAUGUUUUAUAAUUUAGCUUUUACUUCAUUACCAAUUAUUUUUUUGGGUAUAUUUGAUCAAGAUGUUGAUGCAAAAGUUUGUAUGUUAGUACCACAAUUAUACAGAUCGGGAAUUUUAAGAAGUGAAAUGAGUGAUUUGAAGUUUUAUAUUUAUUGUCUUGAUGGUCUUUAUCAAUCAGCUAUAUCAUUUUUCUUUCCAUAUUUGUUAUACCUUAGGGCCUUUCCAGUUAUGAGUGGUAGACCAGUAGAUCAUAGAUUUUGGAUGGGUGUUAUUGUCACUUGUAUUGCUUGUAUCUCCUGUAAUUGUUAUUUAUUAUUUCAUCAAUAUAGAUGGGAUUGGUUAACUACAUUAAUUGUUUGUAUUUCAAUUUUAAUCAUUUUCAUUUGGACUGGAUUAUGGACUACAACAGUAUCUUCAAGUGGAGAAUUUUAUAAAGCUGCACCAGAAAUCUUUGGAAUGACAUCAUUUUGGGCAUGUAUGUUUAUUGGUAUUUUAUGUUGUUUAAUCCCUAGAUUCUUUUAUGAUUUUGUACAAAAGAUAUUUUGGCCAAAAGAUAUUGAUAUUAUUAGAGAAUGUGUUCAAAGAGGAGAUUUUGCCGCUUACCCAUUCAAUUAUGAUCCAACUGAUCCAAAUAGACAAAAAGUAAGUUCUUAUUCCACAAAUAUGUUAAAUAGAAUGUCAAUGGGAAGUGCACCAAAAACAAAACUGAAUGAACAAAAUACUUCAUCAAAUGAAGAAGAUAAUUAUAGAAGAGAAAUAUUUGAUCAAUUAAAUAACCAAAAUCAAUAUCAACCACCAACUCCACCACCUGGUAUAUCAUUUGCACCAAUAAGAAGGAAAACCAACAAUACAAUGAAAAGAAUUUUCCAAAAGAGAACUAAUUCAGAUAAUUAUUUUAAUAAUUCAAAUAAUUUAAAUGGUACGAAUGAAUCUUUACAAACUGAAGAAAUCCCCCUAGAUGAUUUUAGUAAUAAUCAAAAUAGAAUUUCAAGUAUUAGUGAUGAAAAUCAUAAAAGAAUUUCAUCAAUGUAUAAAUAG